AUGGCCACAGCUAAGGUUGAAUCAGUUCCAGUAACAGUCCCAGAGACUCUUAAAACUGAGGAAGAAAAAAUUCAAGUGGCCGAUCAAGCGGAAAAGGUGGCAGCAGAACCAGAAGAACCACCAAAGGAACUCGCCGCUACUGAGGCUGAGCCACCGGAAGCUGAAGCCAAAACUGAAACUAAAGAGGCUGUGGAAGAACCCAAGGCAGAAGCUGAGACCAAGGAAGUCACAGCACCAGCAGCAGAAGAAGUGCCUGUCCCAGAAGAAAAGAAAGAAGCAGAAGCUCCAGAGGAGAUAGAAAUUACUAUUGAAGAAACCCCUGAAACCACCGUUGUGCCACCAGCUCCAGUGGAGGAAGAGGUGAAACCGGCUGAAGCUGCGGAGGAGGCUAGCACUGAAGUUCCAGUUAAGAAUACUGAGGAGUAA